AGAGAGAGAGAGAGAUCCAAUAUGAAGGAGAUCUGUGGUUCACACAGUCAAAGAGAAAAGAAUGCAAUCUCUUCAUCAUCCCACCAUCAUCCCUCUACCUUCUACUCCUCAUCCGCACACCCACCGCACCCGCCACCAUUUUUGCAGCCAUUUCCCCUCCACUCUUCCACAUCUUGGCCGCCAGCGCCGCCCUCCGCCAGCUCCCGCCGCGGUUGUCUCCCCAAGCAGCUCGUGGGAGAAGGGCCCUAUUGAAGCUGUUCUGUUUGACAUUGAUGGAACACUUUGUGAUUCUGAUCCUCUCCACUUCUACGCCUUCCGCCAAAUGCUUCAACAGGUUGGAUUCAACAAUGGAGUCCCAAUCAAUGAGGAAUUCUUCAUAGAAAACAUAAGUGGAAGGCACAAUGAGGACCUUUGUGGCAUCCUCCUCCCAAAUUGGGACCUACCCAAAGCUAGAAAAUUCCUUCAAGAUAAAGAAACUUACUUUUGCAGACUAGCAGAAGAGCAGUUAGAAGCCAUAGAAGGGCUGGACAAGGUCCGCAAAUGGAUCGAAGAGCGCGGGAUUAAACGCGCCGCCGUGACAAACGCCCCGCGGCCGAACGCCGAGCUGAUUCUUUCGAUGCUUGAACUUACAAAUUUUUUUGAGGCGGUGAUCAUAGGGAAUGAAUGUGAACGUGCAAAGCCAUUCCCUGACCCUUACUUAAAGGCUCUUCAAGCUCUCCAAGUCUCUCCCCAACAUGCUUUUGUCUUUGAGGAUUCAGUAUCAGGAGUGAAAGCAGGAGUGGGAGCUGGAAUGGAAGUGAUAGGAAUUGGGAGAAGAAACCCAGAUGAGUUACUCAAAGAAGCUGGAGCUCGUUUUGUGAUUAGGGAUUUUAAUGAUCAAAAUCUUUGGACCCAACUACUCGUUUAACUUCAUCCUCACUCGUACACCAUCCUGGGUCUAACUCUAAUACUACGUGUAACAGGCUAAAACAGACAAUAUCUACCAGUGGUGGACUUAGGUUGAUACACUCCCCUUCAGCGUUCUUUUAAUUUCACAAGUCACACUUGUUGCUAGCACACACCACAGUUAUUAGCUAUCAAUUCUUUUUAAAUUAUUUUUUAACCAUCAUAUCCUCAGGAUCAUUCUUAUUCAGAUAUGAUAUCAGUUCAUUGAUAUAUCCUCA